UCUUGUACUUUGUUGUAAUCGAUGUUUUUCACUUUAAUGUAAAAUGCGAUAUAUUGUUGUAAUCUAUGCCUUUCACUUUGAUGCAAGACAGGUGUUUUUGUGGCACUAUCUGUUUAUGGGAAAGGAAAGAUGAGAAAAGAGCACAAUUCUUUUCUAUUUUAUGGAGUUGUACUCUUACAACUUUGUUUCCACAGUGGACAUGAUUUCUGCUAUUGAAUUUGACAAGUCUGGUGAUCAUCUUGCUACCGGUGAUCGCGGUGGUCGAGUAGUUCUCUUUGAACGGACAGAUUCAAAAGAUCAGCAUGGAUCAAGAAAGGAUUUGGAAAGUAUCGACUAUUCUAAUAGUCGACAUCCUGAGUUCAGAUAUAAAACCGAGUUUCAGAGUCACGAACCUGAGUUUGACUAUCUUAAGAGCUUGGAAAUCGAAGAGAAAAUUAACAAAAUCAAAUGGUGCCAAACAGCUAAUGGUUAUGUAUUCCUCCUAUCUACAAAUGACAAAACAAUCAAAUUUUGGAAGGUAUGAUGAAACGAAUGCACACCCUUGACAUGCUGAGUGUUAGUUUUUGAAUGAAUUAAUAUGAAUCAUUUGUCUCCUACGGCGCUUAUUCUUAUCGUCUUUAUCUGAGUUGAACAGGUUCAAGAAAAGAAUGUGAAGAAAAUUUCUUACAUGAAUAUUGACCCUUCAAAAGCAAAUGGAAAUGGAUAAUAUACCAUAGAUAUGAUAUAAUUCAGUAGAACAUAAUAGAAAUAUUUUUGGUGACUGAAUAUAUUGUUUUGUUUGGAUAAAUUUGUAUAGGUGGAUCUGUCACAGCACAUGCAGCUGCUCGGUUAGUUAAAUUAUUUAUAUAAAUAUUUAAUUUAACUCUUUUUUUUUUAUAAAUAUUUUGAAGUUGUAAAAAAGACUUGAAGCACCUAUUCAGUAGAGACAAGAUAGAAUUUUUUUCAUCAAUAUAUGAAAUUUCCAUUUUAGUGCAUAUGAUAGAGCAGUUAUUAAGUGUAGAGGAGUUGAGGCAGAAUUGUGUAAUAUAUGUGUUACUGUUAUUGAUAAAAAAUUUGU